AUGUCCAAAGCAGUGUUUAUCGCCCCGAUUGAUGGCAAACCUGGCAAGCCCGGCCAGGUUUACUACCCUCUCACGGUGCGCACCCUGCCACAACCAACCCCACAGGGCAGCGAACUCCUUAUAAAGCUCACUGCCGCGUCGCUGAACCACCGCGACCUGUUCCUGCGACAACAUCUGUACCCAGGUCUCACAUUUGAUGUGCCUCUCCUGGCCGACGGAGUUGGUGUCGUCAUCGGAGCCGGGCCCAACGUCUCAAGUACAGACAAAUGGCAGGGCAAGCGAGUCCUCCUGAAUCCUGGUGUGGGAUGGAAAGAUUCACCCGAUGGUCCUGAGGAUGCAGGCGGUUAUCGGAUCAUGGGCGGAACCAAGGUUUAUAAUAAAGGUACUCUGCAAGAAUACAUCACGAUUGAUGAGUCGGAAGUUGAAGAAGCUCCGGGGCAUCUCUCUGACGCUGAAGCUGCUGCUUUGCCAUUGACUGGGCUGACUGCUUGGCGGGCUCUUGUGACGAAGGCUGGGGAGAGGAACUCAAAGGAUGGUGCUGCUGUUCUCAUUACUGGAAUUGGUGGUGGUGUCGCUUUGAUGGCGCUGCGAUUUGCAGUGGCCCGUGGUGCGCAUGUCUUUGUGACUAGCUCCAGCCAGGAGAAGAUUCAAAAGGCUGUUGAGUUAGGUGCCGCCGGAGGUGUGAAUUAUAAGGAAGAUGGAUGGGAUAAGAAGCUCUUGGGUAUGCUUCCACCUGGAAAGGCAAACUUUGAUGCCAUUAUCGAUGGUGCUGGUGGUGAUUCCAUUGAGAAGGCAGUUAAGCUGCUGAAGGCUGGUGGUGUUUUAUCCAUCUAUGGAAUGACGGUUUCACCGAAAAUGCCCUUCUCGAUGCAAGCAGUGUUAAAGAACAUUGAUGUCCGUGGCUCCACCAUGGGUUCUCGUAAAGAGUUCCUGGAUAUGGUAAGCUAUGUCAAAGCAAAGAACAUCUAUCCUGUUGUCUCUCGCACGCUGCAAGUCGAAAUUGAUGAUCUGGCUGCAAUUGAUGGACUCUUUGAAGACAUGAAGCAGGGCACACAGUUUGGAAAAUUGGUGAUUGAGUUCGGAACGACCUCGAGCAGCAAGCUGUAA